UCUUAUAUAAAGGCCAUUAGUUUGCAUCUCUUGUUUGAAGUGUGCUAGUUAGCAAGCCAUUCUUUCUUUCCUUCUUUCUUUUUUCCCUAAAUGGCUAUUAGGGUUUGUUCUAUAGUUGUACUUCUUCUUCUUGUGUGUUGUGUGUCAUUGGUUUUAUCCACAGACUACACUGUUGGUGAUACAAGUGGAUGGAACUCUGGUGUUGAUUAUUCUUCUUGGACCAGUGGCAAAACCUUUAAUGUUGGAGAUAAUCUUGUGUUCAGUUAUACUUCCGGUGUGCACACGGUAGCAGAGGUAAGCUCAUCAGACUAUGAUAGCUGCUCAUCAAGCAAUGCUAUCAGCACUGACAGCAGUGGCUCAACCACCGUCGCCCUGAAGGCCACCGGCACCCGAUACUUCAUUUGCACGGUCCCCGGCCACUGCAGCAACGGCAUGAAACUCUCGGUCACCGUCGCCGGUGGUGGUGGCUCUUCAUCCACUCCAACUACCCCUACUUCCCCUUCAACCACCACUCCUUCCACCACCAUCACUCCACCUUCAUCCACCACCACUACCACCACCGGAACUCACUAUUCCGGCGCCGGAGCUCUUUCUCCGGCCACUGCAAUACUUGUUGGUGUUCUUAGCUUGCUUAAGCUGACUCUUCUUUGAGUUUCAGCCAGGGAGGAGUUAGUACUAAUUUGAUCAUCGUUUUCAUUUUCUUUCACUAUUACUAUAAAUAAUAAUAAUAUUAUUAUUAUUAUUAUUGUAAUCAUAAUUCCUUGUUAAUUUGAUAGAGCUCAUUGUGUUUGUAGGAGUUGAUGUUUUACCAAUAAAAUCAUGGUUUGUUGUGUUAUA